UCGCUUCCACUGCUCCCCAAUUACUUAAAUCGCGUCAUUUCCUGGUUUCAUUCAGCCACCUCUCUCUCUCUCUCUCACUUAUCAUAUUACUCCUAGGAGAAGAAACCUACCAUACUAAAUUACCUAUCCAAUUGACACCACCACCACCACCACCACCAUGUCCUCAGAAUCCUACAUCCCCGCCUCCGCCAUCGACACCACCUUCGCGCACACCACCAACCUCACCUCCAGCGCCCUCAACAGCACCAUCCUCUCCUGCAGCAACGAAUACUUCGCCGCAGCAUCGAACCUCCUCACCCCGACCCCACCCAUCAACCGCCCCGGCGUCUUCAUCCACACCGGCGCAUGGUACGACGGGUGGGAAACCCGCCGCCACAACCCCGCCCCCUACGACUGGGUCGUGAUCAAGCUCGGCGUGAGCAGCGCCUCCAUCCAGGGCGUGGAAAUCGACACGGGGUUCUUCACGGGCAACUACGGCGAGAAGGCCUCGUUGCAAGCGACGUAUGUGGAACCGGGGACGGUCUCGGAUGAGGUCGUUGCGGGGGAGGGGUAUGAUGGGUGGGUGACGGUGUUGUCGCCGGUGGAGUGUGGGCCGGCGCAGCGACGGGCGUGGAAGGUCGAGGGGGAGGAGAAGGUGAAGGGUCCGUGGACGCAUGUCCGGUUGUUGAUGUUUCCCGAUGGUGGGUUUGGGCGGUUGAGGGUGUAUGGGAAUGCCAUUCCGCCGCCGAAGCCGGUGGUGGGGGUGGAAGGGGGUGUGGAGGGGGAGGAGGAGUUGAGUUCGGCGUUGGUGGGGGCGGUCGCGCUGGGGGCGUCGGAUCAGCAUUAUACGCCGUGUUCGAAUCUGUUGUUGCCCGGGAGGGGGAAGGAUAUGGGGGAUGGGUGGGAGACGGCGCGGUCGAGGACGAAGGGACAUGUGGAUUGGGCGAUUGUGAAGCUCGGGUUGGAGGGGGAGGUCAGUCGGGUGGUGGUGGAUACGAAGGAUUUUAGAGGGAACUUUCCCCGGGCGGUUCGGGUGCAUGGGUUGGUGAAGGGCAGUGUGGGAGAGGGGGAAGUGCCUGGACAUGAUCAUCCCGGGUGGGUGGAGGUGGUCAAGGGGGAUCAGCCGUGUCAGGCGGAUACCGAGCAUGUGUUUGAGGGCGAAGAGGUGGUGGCGGGGGCCAGGACGUUCACGCAUGUCAAGUUGACCCUGGUGCCGGAUGGAGGGGUCAAGCGGUUCCGCAUCUUUGGACGACGGAGCGUUGCGUAGGUGGGGGAGACUGACUGUGAUGUUUGUACAUGAAUUACUCUAUGGAUCAAUGACAGAACUCUUCAUAUGACGGAA